GUAUUGACUCCAGCAGAGGAAAAGCGCUCAUGCGUCUGAUCAUCUGAGCCAUGGAAAGAAAACACAUGUCCGCAUUAUCUAUUUAUCAGUCAUUAUCUGGAGGAACAAAACUGCAAGUGCAGGCAAAUGCUGCGCCAGCGAAGAAAAUCAAAAAGAAGGAGAAUGGCAUCCAACCAAACAAGAAAUCCAAUAAAAAGAAAAGGAUGAAGCCUCUAAAGUCCAGUAUGAGGCUCAGCAGCAGUGAUGAGGAGAAAUCUAAGGCCCAGAAGGACCGUGAGACACAUAACGGUGAAGAAUUUGACGGUCCAGCUCUUGAUGUGCUCCUGACGGAUCUGGAGAAGGUCAACAACAGCAGAGAAAGAGCUAACAGACUGUAACAGUGGCUUGUUCACCCAGUCCAAGACAAGAGCUUCUUCAGAGAGAAUUGGGAGAAGAAACCGAUUCUUAUCCAACGACAGAAUCCAGACUAUUACAAAGGACUCUUUUCGACGGCUGAGUUUGACCGCAUCUUAAGAAAUAAUGAUGUUCAGUAUGGAGUGAACCUGGAUGUGACGAGCUACACAAACGGAAAAAGAAAGACACACAAUCCUCCAGAAAGAGCGCUACCGUACAUGCUGUGGGAUUUUUAUGAGAGCGGCUGUUCUCUCCGAAUGCUCAAUCCUCAAGCGUUUUCCUCCACUGUGUGGCAAGUGCUCUCUAUUCUUCAGGAGACGUUUGGCAGUAUGGUGGGUGCAAAUGUAUAUCUGACACCAGCGAGGACGCAGGGUUUUGCUCCUCACUAUGACGAUAUAGAGGCAUUAAUUUUGCAGUCGGAGGGCAAAAAGCAUUGGAGAGUGUACAACCCUCAAUCUGAAGAUGAAGUGUUGCCACUGGUGUCCAGUCCUAAUUUCAGUCAGGACGAGAUCGGGCAGCCCAUCAUGGACGUGGUGCUGGAAGCUGGCGAUCUGCUGUAUUUUCCCCGUGGCUUCAUUCAUCAGGACGACUGUCUGCCUGACGCUCACUCGCUGCACCUCACCGUCUCCUCCUUCCAGAGGAACAGCUGGGGAGAUCUGCUCCUCAAAUUGAUGCCAGCAGCUCUGGAGACUGCGAUGGAGGAAGACGUUGAGUUCAGGAAGGGACUGCCGCUCGAUUACCUUCAGUUCAUGGGAGUUCAGAACUCUGAGAAGGAAGACCCACGGAGAGACAAAUUCAUUGCACACGUCGAGGGCCUGAUGAAGAAACUGGUCGAUUAUGCACCAGUCGAUGCUGCUGUGGAUCAGAAAGCCAGAGACUUCCUGCACGACUGCCUUCCACCGGUGCUGAGCGCUGGUGAGUCUCACAGUAACACCUCUACUGAAGGUCGGGGGGGGUUGCUUUAAAAUAUCCCUUUUGAAAGGUCAUACAUAUAAACUUAAGCCAUUCAUAUCCCAAGUUUGUUUCUGUGGCCUGUUUGCCAUGCGAGACAGUGGAGGCAAAGAUGUCUCUGGCUGAGCUGCUCUUUGAGAAGGCACUGAUCCACACAGCCGAACCGUUGACAGCUUGAA